UCAUACCCUUCUUCAUUGAUUUUUCACUUUCAUGAUUUCAAGUUCCUUUGUCACCCUUUUCCAUUUAUUUUUGGACAACUUAAUUUUGAACAAUGAGGGGAGAUAGUAAAAAAGCGAGCAAUCAAACAGAGUGAAAAAUUGAACGCUUUAAAUGCAAAGUUUAGCUCACCAAUUUCCCUACAAACAUACCAAGGAAAGUCCAUGAAAGAAUCCACUGAAUCUGUAUAUAAUAUGCAGCAAACAUAAUGCAGUGCUAUAAAAUUAUGAACAAGUUAUAUAUUAGGUGAUAAAAUCUUAAGUAGCCUGUUUCAAUCGGCUUAUCUUUUCUCGGAAAUCAAUUCUUACAACCAAAAGCUACUCACUAAGCUUCUCUCCAGGAUUGAUUUGCCUUUAAAAUCAAAUUUAGAAAGUUUUCCAAACAUGCUGUAUUAAUCUUGUCAGGGAAAGCUAUUCAAAUGAAAAGCUUGACCUUAAGGGAGUUUUAAAUCUCCUAGCAAGCAAGCAAUGUAAAAGUAAAUUUCAGCUUAAAUUAUUAAAAAGUCAAAACACUAAUAGGUUUAGAUCAGGCUUGAUUAUUGUUAUAGUAUUGUCUUUAUCUGUCUUAAGCAACAGUUUGGACUAUAAACUAGAUUGUUAAUCCUUAAUCCUAAACUUCUGUUGAUAAGCUUUUUUGAAAGUUGUCAUAUUCUUGAAUCAGAAUAAGUAGAGGAAUACAGAAGUCCAUGUAAUAUUCUAUUCAGUUCAUUCAAAUAAAUUGAUUGCUGGUGCCUUUGCAAAUGUAUUGUCAUAAGAACCCUAGGAAGUCGAUAACCAAUAGAAAAUUGUGUUGACUUUUUUAGAUGGAUUGUGUGGUGAAUUCAUCCUAAGAACCCUAGGAAUAAUAUCUGAAUAUCUUUUUCUCUGAGACUAUCUGUGCAAUAAGGUUGGAGGAGAAAGACUAUGUGUAUUUUCUCCUUUACUCUGCUGUGGAACCAUCAGAUACCACGGUUCUGCUCACAACAUGUAUCCAUAAACUGUAGAAUCACCUAUUACUAUUUUACCGUCAUAGGAAAGUGCAUCAUAGUUCAAGUUCUGCCAGUGCCAUGACAGAGGCAAAAAUCAGAAUUCCGAGCGUCCUAUCUGUUUCUUUCUUCAAGAUUAUUAUGCACUACAAUCUGUAUAUUUGGAAGCAUAAUUAGUAUUAUAAGUUUAUAACAUUUAAGCACUUGUAUUAGCACCUCAAUCACUCUUCAUUUUCUGAUUUCUUUCUUUUGUUUGAUUCUCUGCUUGCUAGAAAAAGAAGAGUGAUAAAAAGAAAUACACUAAUUAGCAUUACAUAUAAGACAGUAAGACACUCUAACAAGUUUUACAAAGUUCAUGCAUAUACUUAACCUGUAUAAAUAUGUUGUGUUCCUAGGCAUAUGAGGCUGUGUGAGCAUACAUCUCAUUUUCAAUUUUGCUGCUAGUCAAUGUCACAAGAACAACAAGACUACAUAAACCAGCUUGAUCAGUUUCUUAACCUUUGAUAUUGAUCCUUCUGAAAUAUGUCCCAGUCCCUUCUAAGGUUUUCCAUCUCCUCAGGCAACAAAGACUUGAUUGUUCCACUCAUUGGUAAGCAUCCAAUGCUGCUUCAUUGAACUUCCUGUGUAGGAUCUCAUGUCAGAUCUCCAUUCAUCCUCUUCACGACUUGAAUCAUUCAUCCACGAUGAAAGGUGAAUUAUAAGACUGCACCCUGCAUUCUUCUUUGACCCCACUAACUGAUUUCUUAAAAGUUGUCAAUUACUUAAUUAUAAUGUAAAACUGUUUGCUUUCACUUUUAUGCAGUCUUGAGCAGGUGGUAUUUAUAUAACAUGCUGUUGUCUUCUUCUCCUAUCAUAAGUUCAUAACUAUGGAAUCUUAUUCAACCUGCUUUUUGAAUUAUCUUAGUUAGUUUGUUAUAACUAUGAGUUGAUGAAAAAAAAAUUGUUAGGAGAUUUCAAGAAAGCCAAAAUACAGUUUAGACAUCUACAGGUUCUGUGACUUUCUUCGGCUAUAAUAUCUUUACAUGUGGAGUGAUUGGAGAUCAACCAAUUUAUCUUGGACUGAUAGUUUUCUCUUUUUGUGUAUAAAAGGAUAAGGGGCCCUCACUCUCUCUCACUGCAAGGAAGUGAAUAAAAGGCAGGAGCUACUGGAGUGAACAUAAUGGAGGAUGUGAGAUGUUGGUUGUCUUGGUGACCCUUUUGCAUUUGUGGUUGGCUUGUGCCACUGCUUCAUCAUCAGGACCAAGAAAAAACAACAAUAUUAAGAAGCAGCUCAGAAGAAAACUGCAUGUUAAUGGCCUUGGACAAUUCCUCUUAUGGGGUAGGAGUUUGAUUUCCAUUCAAUAUCACUAUACUCCUUUUCUUUGUUAGAACAACUGUUGUUUUUGCUUGUAAACUAUCAAUCUUCCUUGCUCAUUACUUACAAUACUGCUCAACCAUGAUGCCUGAUUAUAAACUAAAAUCUCUCUUUUUCAUCUGCUUUUAUAUUUUUUAGUAUCAUCCUAUAUUCCUAACUUGACAUAAUAGCAGCUAACCAUGGUUCAUUGUAGUAGUAUAGCAAAAGAGUAUUUAUGAUACUGAUGUGCUAUCAUGAAAUAUUGUUUGCAUGCACAGCUGGAGCAGUUGGAAUCAUUUUUACUGUCAAAAUAAUGAAAAAAUCAUCUGAGGAACUGGUAUUUGCUCAUCUAUAUAAAUGUUGAUCAUAUGAAUUAUAUGAAUUUUGUAUAUAUGGUGAUGAAUUUAUGAAUUAUAGUUGUUGGCAAAGAUCCAUCCACUUAAUUAAGAACUUAGUCCGAUUGUAAAAUUUUUGGAUCUAUUUACAGCUGAUGCCCUGGUUUCUACUGGUCUUUUCAAGCUUGGAUACAACAAUGGCAAUAGGGUCUAAGUUCUCAAGGAAAAAGACAUAUUUUUAUGAGACUUAGAGAAUUUCUGGAUCAGCAGGGUGCCCAGCGCUUGUCAGUAGCCGCCCAGCGCUUGGGGCGGUUACAGAAACCCAACCUUGAAGUAAUUAGGCGCCCAGCGCCCAUAAAGGGCCGCCCAGCACUCUGCACAGAUGUAAAAGUUCAUUAUAAAAGGAUUUUCUUCAUUUUCAGAACAAAACGGGGUUUUUGGAGAGAGAAUUCGAGAGAGAACAAAAAGGGAAGGAACUUAGAGCUUGGGUAAGCUUCCAUCGAGCUGGAGCUACGCCGAAGUCGGCACGGAUCAUCACUUCCAUCCUAUUUCUCUUGUAAGCUUGUCUAGCUUCCAUGUCUAUGGAUAGCUAAGCUUUUCUUUGUUAGGAUUUGGUGUAGUACCUUGACUCUAUGUAUCUAAUUUAGUUCUUAUGCAUAUGAAUCUAUCUAUCUCUUGAUUUCAAUGGUAUAAUCUUGUUCUUAAAGCUUGUUUUAACUUGAUCAAUUAGAACUUGAUUAGAGAUUUGAUGUGUGAGUGAAAACUACAUAUUUGAAUUGGAUUUAGGUUAUAUCAUCUAAUAAUCCUAAUUGCUAGACAUAGAGUUAGGUUUGUUAGUCGUUAAACACCCGAAUCAAUCACGCUUCGCUUUGUUAGUUAUGCGAGACAUCGGUAAUUAGGAGAGCGAACCGUUAAUCUUCUCAUGUAAGGAAUUAAUGAGUUAGAUAAGAACUGGUGUGAUGGAAUCAAGAAUAUAAUGAUUCAUAUGUGUUGAAUUUACGGAUUCAUAACAGUUAAGGUGCAAAACCCAAUCAUGAGAAUCCUUACACUCAUCUGACAAAGUUUUAUGAACUUUGUUGUACUGCUGGAAUUAGCCAAGCUGAGGAAGAAGCUGUAUUUCUGAGGCUCUUCCCUUUAACUUUGAUUGGGCAAGCAAAGGAUUGGUUCUUGGAUCAACCACAGACAACUUUAGCUGAUUGGAAUGAAUUGGAAAAGAAAUUCAUGACCAGGUACUUUUCUGAAUCAAAAUAUAUGGAUUGUAGAACUGCUAUUUCUACUUUUUCCCAAAGUACAGGUGAAAGUUUACGUGAAGCUUGGGAAAGAUACAAAUCCAUGCUGAGAAGGUGCCCGAAUCAUGACUUUGAUGCCAAGACGCAAAUCCAUCUUUUCAGAAAAGGUCUUCAACAACAAAGCAGGAUAAUGGUGGAUGCAACUUCAGGAGGUUCUUUGAUGACAAAGUCUCCAACUGAGGCCAUUCAGAUCAUUGAGGCUAUGGCUCUAAAUGACCACCAAGAUCAACAUAAUAGAGGACCACCAAGGAUAGGAGGCGUUCUGGAAUUGGGAUCAAGUGAUGCUAUCUUGGCCCAAAACAAGCAACUGCAGCAACAACUAGAUGAAGUGAAAAAGACUCUGAGUGAUCUUCCCAAACAACUUCGGGAGAUGCAAGAUUCUUCUUCCAGAAAGCAGGUGAACAGGUGUGAUGUGUGUACUAAGGAUCAUCCAACAGAAUACUGUCAAUUACAGGAAGAGGAGGUUCACUACCUAGGAAACCAGCAGAGGCAAGGGUACCAGAACAACUAUCCCAGGGGAGGUAAUCAACAAUACAACCAACCUUGGAGGCAAGAUGCAGGGCCUUCCACCAGUAGGGCACCACCACCUUACCAGAAUCAGUCAUACCAACAGCCGCCACAGAGCAAGAAUCCAACAUUAGAAGAUACAAUGAAUCAGUUCAUGCAGAUGACUAUGACCAAUCAGAAGAACACAGAAGCUUCUAUUAAGAAUUUAGAGAUCCAAAUGGGCCAGUUAGCAAAGCAGGUGGCUGAGAGUCAUAAAGGAGCAUUCACAGCAAACACUGAACCUAAUCCAAAUCAGAAGUGCAAUGCGAUCUUCACCAGGAGCGGAAAGGCAGUUGGUAGAGAUAUUGAUGAGGUAGUAAGUGAAAAAAAUGAUAGAGGUGAAGAGAAAGAGAAAAUGAGUGAUAAUGAGGAGAUUGAGAGGGAGGUGUUGAAAAAUAAGAGUGAUAGUGUAAAUAAGCAAGAAAAGAGUGAUGAAGAGAAAACAAAAGAAAAAUGUGAGGAAAAGGUAGGUGAUAGUGGAGAGAAAAGAAAGGUGGGAGGAAAAGAGAAUGCAUUUAAAGACAAAGAGAAAGUUAUCCAAAAACCCCCACUUGAGAAGAGACUUCCUUAUCCACAUGCUCCUACCAAGGCGGACAAGGAAAGGCAAUUCACUAGGUUCAUGGAUAUCUUCAAAAGGCUUCAAAUCAACAUUCCAUUUGCAGAGGCUUUGGAGCAAAUGCCAACAUAUGCAAAAUUCAUGAAAGAGUUGCUGACAAAGAAGAGAAAGUUUCAGGAUGAAGAAGUUGUUCACUUGGGAGCUCAUUGCAGUUCCUUUAUUCAGCAUUUCAUACCUGAGAAGAUGGAUGAUCCUGGAAAUGUAACAAUUCCAGUGACAAUUGGUACUUUAGCAGUGGGAAAAGCUCUGAUUGAUUUGGGAGCCAGUAUAAGUCUUAUGCCACUUUCCAUAAUGAAGAAAGCAUGUGGUAUGGAGCUUAGACCAACCAGGAUGUCUUUACAGCUUGCAGACAGAUCAAUCAAAUAUCCAGUUGGCAUAGCAGAGGAUGUACUGGUAAGAGUUGAUAAAUUUUUAAUUCCCGCUGACUUUGCUAUUAUUGAUAUUCCAGAGGAUGAAGAAGUUCCAAUCAUCCUGGGGAGACCCUUCAUGAGGACAGCAAGAAUGGCAAUAGACAUGGACAUUGGGAAGCUGAAAGUGAGAGUCCAAGAUGAUGAAGUUCAAUUUGAUCUCUAUGAGGCCAUACAACAUCCAAAAGACAAAGGACAAUGUUUCAAAAUUGAUGCAAUUGAUGAAGUUUGCAGAGAAGCUGAUAAGAAGCCUUGUGUGUUUGAUCCUUUGGAGGUAGUUCUCAUCAACAUGUGUUGUUGCUCACAAUUCAAUGAACUGGAGGAAAAAGAAAUCGAGAAGUGUGUGCAAGAACUUAAUCUUCUCAAGGAAAUACCCUCUGAGAAAGUGGUAGUGGAGAAUAUCAUGAAAGAGGAACCAGUGGAAGCUGAUACAAGGAAAGAUGAUCAGAAGAUGGAGCUGAAACUCUUACCUGCUCAUUUAAAAUAUGUGUUUUUGUAG